CACCCUUCAACACUGAACACUUGCAACUUGGAAAGGACAUGAUGAAGACAGCACUGUGUGUGGCUGCUGCUGUUCUGGGAGCACUGGGCCUCUGCUUGAUCCAGGAUGCUGCUGCUUCACCAGUUGGCCCUGUAAUAUUCGAAUGCUGUGAGAAUUUUAAACCCACCCGUAUUCCUCAUAAAAGACUUCUAAGCUACACGAAAACAAUUGGCUGCUCCACUCCUGCCGUUGUUUUUACAAACAAGCGGAAUAUGAGAAUUUGUACUAAAGCGAGUGAGGAAUGGGUCCAAACUGCAGUCACAUUUCUGGAAAAGGGACUGAGGAAUUGAAGAGGGAAGUCAUUGAGAGCACAGAAUUUUAAAACCAUUUAAAAUACUGUGACUGUUGAAGUGGCGCAA